AUGGACGAUUUACAUCAGGAGACUGGAAAAACCUGGAGAUACGCUAAGUUUGAAUCCUACGAAACUGUAAUUAUUGACGCAAAGAACGCAAAUCUCUCCUCCGUCCCGAAAUCUUACAUUGAAGGGUAUUCAAUGGGAAAGUUGGAGCUUCUCAAUCCGCUUCAAAGAUUUGUCGGAUGUGGUUCGAAGAGUGGUGUGUACAGAAACUUUUCUGUUUGCUUAGUAGGAACAGAAGGUAACUUCACAUUUUUCGAUGCGAGCGGCAAAUCAAAGGAGGUACCGGGAUCUGACUGUCAUAAUAGAUAUAAAAACGACGACGGGUUAUGUGUUGCAAAUAAUGAAGAAGAAGAAUCAUAUGAUGGACACCCACAAGAUAUAUUUGAUGAUGCUAACCAAAUAAGACAGGAGUAUUCAAAGAACUUUAAUGUGCCCAAUAUGCAUCAAUUGAAGUUUAUUGCAUGUCGAAAAUAUAAACCAUACAGCUUUAAAGAAAUAUACAGUUUUAAAUGCUUGUUAGGACCAGAGAAUGAUAGUGGAGUUUGUGUUGCAAUUAAUCCAGGAGAAGAAUCUUAUUUUGGACGUCAGUUGGAUUUCAUUAGUGAUAUCAAUCAGAUAAGAAGACGUUAUGCAAAAGAGUACAGAGUUCCCAACAUGCAUGAAUUGACUUGGAGCAAUGACCUUGCUGAAGUUUUAGAGCCUCUCCAUAUGACUGGUGUAAGGGCUCAAGCUAAGAAGACUUGGAGAUAUGGAGCAAUAAACACAUAUGACAACAUAAUCUAUCAGAUUGAAAAGGGUGUUACUUUCUUUUUCGAAUCGAAUAGAACCGCAAAAAAAAUCCAUAUUAAAUCUUUAUCGGACAAAGAAACAAUGGACAGAUUGGAAUUUCUUAAUCCUUUGCAAAAAACGAUUGCUUGUGGACGGAAAGAGGACGGAGGAGUAACUCUUAUUAUCUGCUUGUUGGGACCAGAAGGAAACUUCACAAUCUUUGAUACGAGUUUUCAAUCGCAGUUGGCAGCUGGAUCAAAGUGUGAUAAAGGAUAUUACAAUGAAGAUGGCCUAUGUAUCAUGCAAAUUCCAACUCAAGAGCCAAUUAUUGACUACAGAAAAAUGGCUGAGGAAGAAAUAAAUAAAGCAUCAACUGACGAGCCAGAGCCGGAACCACUUCUCGAAAAUCAUGGAAAUGGAAUAUCAUUGAGUUAUCUAUUUGUCUUUCUUCUGGCUAACUUGAUUUUCAACAUUUAA